AAAAAAAACUUCUUGAUAAUGCAGCAAAAUUGAAAAUUUUACAAAAUGUUGAGGCUAUUACUCUUACUUUUGAUUAUUAUAAAAAUAUCACAAAGCAAAAUAUUCUUGGAGUUACUUGUAUUACAGAAAAA